GGAAAGAAUAAACCCAGUCUUCUUCACCGACACGAACUCCUCCUCCAAAAGUUCCCUGGGUUGUACACACGAACCGCCUGCCUGACAGCAUCGCCAACACCGCAGUCAUCUAUCCACAAAUCCAUAUGAAGAUGUGGGAACUUCAUCUUGUCCCCCAAGGCCUGAGGAGAAAAGGCUUGCAAAUAUGUGAUCCGAAAAGCUUAAGCCCGCGCACGAGUGUUGCCCACACUUCCUUCCUUCUGCUGCCCUCUCCUCAAUCUGCUGGGCAAAAAGCUUGACCUGCUCCUCUGCGGAAUUCAAGCCCAUGGUAUUCAUGAUGCUCAGCAUUUUUGCCUCUGUGAGGUCCUCAGGAUCAAUGGCGUCAUCCUCCUGCUUCUCCUGCUCGAGCUGUUUGUUGUAGAGUGCCGUAUUCUCUUGCAAUUCUUUCUAAGCUUGCUCAAUCUUGCUUUGCAAAUUGUUCAUAUUUUGCAGCAAGGCCGAAUACUCAGCCUGCACUGCAUCCGCCUUAGCUUGCAGCGUUGACUUCUUCUCCGGUAGCUGCUUGAACGUGCCCACAGCGGCUUUCAGCUUGGAAGCAACCGUGGGUUCUGGUUUGGGCGGGGCCACAAUCUGCUCAACCACCACCUUCAAUUCCUGAGGGAAGUUCUGAAGAUGCUCCUGCACGGAAGUAAGAAGGUCUGGGGUUGGGCUGGCUUGCUGCCGGAAAGCCUCACACUGCUGUCGAUGUCGGAGGCUGGGCCAAUGCUCUAGGCCAUUGAACGCCCGCCUGUUGUCUCCCAAAAAUCCAAUGCCCAAGACACCUGCCUUUUCCUUUUUAAGUCCGGCACCGAUUGGCCCUGCCACGCACGUCCACAAUGCAAGCAUGCCAGGCGCGGCUUUGGGUUCGCCUGCUUGAGCCACUCGCGUGCUUGUGCCUAUGUGUACACAAAUAUAUGCUGCAUGGCUGCAUGAUGCUGCAUGUAUAUAUAUAUAUAAGAUACUAUAAGAUAUAUAUAUAUGCAAUAUGUUAUAUUUACAAAAUGUUUGCUGUACCUGUAUGUAUGCUGUACAAAAUGCGGUGUCUUGAGACUUGAUAUGAGGUUGCAUUGGGGCUUCGAAGGGCGAAAGGCCACAGCUGGCAAUUUGGCCUUUCCAUUCUCACCUUCCGACCUGCCGUUCGAUGGUGGGAUGCUAACUGUUUGUGGCACCCGCGAUCCGUUUUUCAUUGCCCAGUGGCCAGCCAUUCAACAGGAUGUUCGGGCAUAUGUGUCAAGCCUCUCAUCUUGCGACGGUCUCAGCAUCCGGUUCAUUUCAGCUGGUUUGCCUGGUUUGCCGCGCAUCCAUGUUACAGAAACUGAUGAUGUCCAUCAAGUUAGUGACGAAUGCUGGCGUUGUGACACAAUGGCAGCUGAGUACACUUUGCAGCACCUAGUAGAUCUGGACGAAGAACUCAUGAGGUCGAUGUUUUCCAUCAAGCUUUGGCAUGCUGAUGGCGUGGACACUUUGCAAGCAGAGCUGGUUCCAUGGGGCGACAACCGAAUAAUGUCUACUGAGCUGGCUUACAGCGAUUGGACAAAUUCUUUGAAACCUGUGGGCUCACGUGUUUUUGGUCAAACACUUGGAGACUUGGCGCGAGUUGUCCGAUCAAAGAAUGCAGGAGUGAACGAGAUCACAUUUGAUCUCAUUUUUGACACUGAUGAAGGCGCCUUGUUUGAUGUUAAACGGCUUUUUUAAAAUGAAGUUCUUGCACACCCUUAGCCUUUGUUUUUUUGUGUUGUCCUCAUAUUUGUUGCGA